UUUUUGUUUUAUUUUCGUUUUCAUUUUUUGUUUUCAUUUUGUUUUUUUCUUCUUCUUUUAUCUCUCAUUUAGAUCUCUUGGUUCCAUGGUAGAAUCUUUCUUAUUUCUGCCUGGUUUUUGGUUCUCGAUCACUGGGUGACGAUUUCAAGCGUUCCAAUGAAUCGCACACUCCAGCUUCCAGGAAAUCCAGGGAUAAUAACAUCGGCUUUCUUGUACUUGACGGCAGCCGUCUCGUCUCCAAGGCUGUUGCCUCGAUUGGGACAGCUAUCGCUAAAAAUGGUCACAGAUAUUUUGGCGCCAGCAUGUCGAUCCCAGUUAUUAAUAGACCCCGCUCAGCGUUAUUUGAGCCCCACAAGUGCAGAGAUCUGAAACUGGGAGAUGCAAUUCUGAAAGCCCUUGCUCCAUCCGUGACGCGUACGCAGUAUCCAUGCGGAAUGUCGGGUAUGCAGUCCCAGCCAGAAAUAGACAACCGCACGGGGCUUCUUCAAGCGCAGCCAAAGGCUCAAAUGCGGACUUUCGGCCCUCGUGAAGCAGAAUGUCACAAGGAGCAAUAUAGGACACACAUGUCAUUCCAACCUGGCACUGGUCUGUCCAAGCGAUGUAAACCUGAGAUAACGAGAACCCAUUUGACAUCAGCAGCCUCCCACCCGCGCGUCCAACCAAGGUGCCCCAUAACUCCGUUUUUUGUCAAGCCAUCUAACGUCAAACCCAAAUUCAAUUCUACCUUCCUUUUCGCGCAGCAUGGUGCCGAACCUACACCCGUCUAUACACUCCGACACCUCGACCCCUCACUCCCAGGGUCCAAGAACCGCUAUGCUGCGGGCAUAUAUGAUGCCUACUCUCCUGAUGUCCUUUAUGCGGAGGUCCUUUUGAUCCCGAAAUGGACACAACCGUCAUUGUCGCAAGAAGCCAUUCGGCAAAAUGGCGGGGUUCCUCCCCCUCCAGAACCUAUACUCCCAAAUGAGUUCGUGAUACAGCUGUACAACCCAGACCAACAGGUACUUGUUCGCCACAGGCCGAAGACGUGGAACUCUGCCGCUUCAUGGGAGUUUGAAAUGCCGCAGCAGACGUUCAGACAACCUUCAAGCUCGAAACUCGAUCGGACAAUGAGUGAUCCGGCCGCCUCUGAUAUCACGCCGAAACUGAAGUUUAUCUGGCGCAAGGAUGGGAAGCUCUCGAGGGAUCUUGGCUGCUAUAUGUCGGGAAAAAAACUAGAUGAUAAAAAGGGCAAAGAGCCCGAUAUCACGGUGGCCAUAUUACGUGGAUUUAAAGAGGUGACAUUGUACGAGCCGAAUCUUUAUCGUGUAGAAAUCGAAGACUUCAAGGGACUGGAGGUGGUCCUUCUCCUAGGCGCCAUUGUUAUUCGGGACGUAUAUUUUGGCCAUAUAGCCGAGACUUUUCACAUCUCCGACCCACCCAACCCCAACAGCUUACCUGGUUCAAUGACCAGCUCUUCCCAGGAACCAAAGAAAUAUGCAAAUCAGAUACAACCACCUACCGCACCCCAAAGACCCCAAGCUCCCAUACCUGAACGCCAAACCCGCCCACCGCCAGCUGAUCCCCGCACGCAAUGGGAAAUCGACGCAGAAACUGCCAGAUUGAAGAAACAAGCAGAAGCAGAAGCCAAGGAACGCCGCCGCCGCGAGAAAGAGGCGGAGAAAGAGACCAAACGGCUGCUAGAAGCGGAGCAACGGGAAGCGAGACGAAGACAGGCUGCGAUCGACCAAGAGACAGAGCGCCUCAAGAAAAUUUAUGGGCGUGAGGAAGCCCAACUUAGAAAACAAUUCUCACAGACCCCUCAAGCUCCUAGGCCUAAUCCACCACCACGACCUGCAUCUACCAAUCCCAAUUCCGCUGCACACAACCGCUAUUCUUCCUACAUCCCUCCCCCGUCACACACUUUCGCACCACCACAUUUUGGAGUUCAGCGGCCAUCGAACCCUCAGUUGAAGGAGAGGCGAAGUAUUUUUGGUCUUUUUAAGAAAGAGGAUGGUCGUAACAACACAAUAAGUAGGAAAAGAAGUUCUAUGUUUUAA